AUGCCUCCGUGCCCGAGAGCACGCCUCCUCGUUGUGAACCGCGCCUCGUUUUGUCAGAAGAAAGGAGUAAGUCGUUCGGGGCGCGCGCCGUCGGUCGGUAAUGUGGCGCACCGGGCUGGAGGGAUGCACGCUGCUGUGCUGCGGCCGCGGCUACAACACCUACAAGGCGACGGUGCGCGAGCGGUGCGAGUGCAAGUUCCACUGGUGCUGCUACGUGGAGUGCAAGGUGUGCACGCGCACCGUCGACGUGCACACGUGCAAGUAGGCCGCAACUGCCCCGCUGCCGCUCCGGCCACUGGGGUACGAGCGUUUGGACAACGCGAUCAGUUGGAAGGAGCCCUCGUCUCUCUCGUGGGUUGCCCCGGUUACUGCAAUGACGAGGCUGCAUUGACGACAGAAACAGCAAGAGCUGCACUCGUGAUGCUAGCGGCCAGCCAUGAACGAACUGCCGAUCACAAUGUCGCACUUCUAGAAUGGCCUACUAAGCCCAGCGUUGAUCACCCGACUCGUCGCGUCCUAGAGCAGUAUCUUCGUCCAACUGUACAGUGAACCUGUAACCUGACGCCAUGUAGUUCCUUACGUUUUGUACGGAACAGUAGUCGUUUUGCGCAAACGUAAUCGUGGUAAUUUGUUAUUUAAAAGGAAUCUAAUUCAAGAUUUUUUUUUUUGUAGACAUGGCUCGACUUUGGUACCUCCCUUCCCUUUGGUCUCUCUAGAUAUUUUGUUUCCCCGCGUUCAGCGCUCUUGAACGAAUGUUGAAUGAACGAUUCGGUACAUUCACAUUGUUUGUGGAAAUCGAAUCUAUUUAAGGCAAGGGCCGACAAAUACAGUAUUAUGCGAAAUACUGUACACCAGCCGUCCGAAAUCAUCGGGCGGUUCUGGAAUAAGAGUGAUGAAUUGUUCUAUCAAGAACAUGAUUUUGCGAUUUGGCCUACUCUUUAAAAUUCUCAAAAAUAUUCACCCUAGACCGUAGUACGCAAUUUUGUAUUUUAAAAAAAUAUUAUUUUGUGUUUUCUUGAAUAUUACGUCCAUUACACCAACAGUGUAACCAGGUGACAGAGUGAUGGCAAUUAAAUAACAUCCACAUUUUAAAACUUCGGUGAGAAACAAAAACGUGGAUUCAUUUUUAACAAAAAUGGUAUUUGGUCUACGAAGAAUUAUAAUGAUAAUCCCGAACACAACCCACGUAACACUAUCUAUUUGCGUCGUUCUAAGAAAUUUACUCAGACCCUUAGGGAUCAUUCAGUAAUUAGACAAGACAUCCAAACUUAAUUGAGUAUUCAUUAAUUCGUGUAAUACAUGAGAUCAUAGCUAGCUUCCCAGAAACAGAUUUUUCCAUUCUAAUCAGCCGUCCUGUAACUUAUUUACUCCGGAAAGAGCACCAUUGUCCCUGGCGAAGUUUGUGUGUGUGUGUGUGUGAGUGUGUGAGAAAUGAAAACCUACUAACUUGUCGGAGACACCUAUUUUAUUUCAAAGAAUUUUUAUCGAGCUGUGUUUUAAACGAAAGGCAUUCUGAAUUUUCAACAGUGAAACAGAUAAAAUGCGGAAAGAACUUACGACUAUUCUGUCGCUGUUGAAAGUGAUGAAAAUACUGCAUUUUUGGAACUGUAUAAAUGUUACCGAGAAAACGAGUUAACUGUGUAUUAUAUUAUUGAGAGAAGUCCUGUGACUUGAAGUUUUGUAAAAUGAAUGUGACUUAAAUUAUUUCUCCAUUGUCACAAAAUUCGUAUUUCUUGAACAUGAAAUGAUACCUAUGAACGAAAAGAAGAUUCUUUAUAAUAGUCAUAGGUUCCAUUGAGACCUAAUAAAUCAUAAUGUAGUGUGAGAAUACAUUCUUGUCUGAGAAUUUGAUUUUUAUGGAUAGAAAUCAAAAAUGUUUUAUAUGUCGUCAGAUUAGUGUCCUUUUGUGCUAAUGAAUAAUUCAGUAUUAAUCAUUAGUUAGAUCAGAGUUUAUUAGAAAACACUUGAUGUUUUACAGAAAUGUUGCUGGUGUUUACUUAUUUAAUAAUAUGUCUUUCUAUACCCAUAUAAUUUUAUUCGGACGCUUUAGAUGUUUUCUAAAUUCGAGUGAUUAAGUAGAAAUGUUUCUACGUUGUCCCUAUAUCAGUCUCUCAAGUUAAAGCCAAAAGUGACCUCCACACGUAUUAGCGUAUUAUUGACUUAAACAUCAUUAUAAGAAAUUUUGAGAUAAAUGAAAUAAGACAGUACAUUUCUUGAUUUAAUGAAAAUGAUUAAUUUUUGAUGAAUUGUUUAAUAGUAUAGAAUUUCAAAUUAAUGUAUUAUUAUUUACUAAUUUGAUUGAACCUUACAAAUGUCGAGUGUUACGAAAACCGGUCAAUGCCUCUGAAAUGUUGACCCCUCAACAUAAUAAUAAUUUCAGUUUCUUCGAUGAAAUUAUUAGAAAUAUGAUAUUAAUUAUCAUUCCCUGUAAUUGAAUAACUACUUCAAUAACUGGAUGCGAUUUUUUGUUAAACUAAUCAAAAACAAAAAAAACAGCAAUAUCUCAAGAAAGAAAUAAUUGUAAAGAAUUUGUAAGCAAUGGAUUUUUUUCAGGGUAAAAUUUGUUCAUUGCAUCUUUGACAUGAAUUUCGUGUAUGUUUUAUGAAAUAUUCUCAGAUUUUAUGUAAAUUGAAAUAAACAGAGUACUGCCU